CGGAGGCUGGGGUGGCCGGCGAGCCUGGGGUUAGAGGGAGUGAAAGGUGAACUGAGCGGAGGGAGGGGACGCACUGCCGGGCGCCCCCAGUCCAUGGAUCGGGCAAAGAUGGCGGAGGCGGAGAGCCUGGAGACCGCUGCUGAGCACGAGCGGAUUCUGCGAGAGAUUGAAAGCACCGACACGGCCUGCAUCGGGCCCACGCUCAGGUCUGUUUAUGAUGGUGAGGAACAUGGACGAUUCAUGGAGAAGCUUGAAACUCGCAUCCGCAAUCAUGAUCGAGAAAUUGAGAAGAUGUGUAACUUUCACUACCAGGGUUUUGUGGACUCUAUCACUGAACUAUUGAAAGUUAGAGGAGAAGCCCAGAAACUCAAAAAUCAAGUGACGGAUACUAAUAGAAAACUACAGCAUGAGGGAAAGGAACUGGUAAUAGCAAUGGAAGAACUGAAGCAGUGUCGACUACAACAACGAAAUAUUUCUGCCACUGUUGAUAAAUUAAUGCUGUGUCUUCCCGUCUUAGAGAUGUAUAGCAAGCUGAGGGACCAGAUGAAAACAAAAAGGCAUUACCCUGCACUGAAAACUCUGGAACAUCUAGAGCAUACCUAUCUGCCACAAGUAAGCCACUACCGAUUCUGCAAAGUGAUGGUGGACAACAUCCCCAAGCUUCGAGAAGAAAUUAAAGAUGUUUCUAUGUCUGAUCUCAAAGACUUUCUGGAGAGUAUUCGCAAGCAUUCAGACAAAAUUGGAGAGACUGCCAUGAAGCAAGCCCAACAACAAAGAAACUUGGACAACAUUGUCUUGCAACAACCCAGAAUAGGUAGUAAGAGAAAAUCUAAGAAAGAUGCAUAUAUAAUUUUUGAUACAGAGAUAGAAAGCACAAGCCCCAAGUCUGAACAGGAUUCAGGAAUUCUGGAUGUUGAAGAUGAGGAAGAUGAUGAAGAGGUACCUGGGGCUCAAGAUUUGGUGGAUUUCUCCCCUGUUUAUCGGUGUCUACACAUAUACACUGUCCUGGGUGCCCGGGAAACAUUUGAGAACUACUACCGAAAACAGAGGCGAAAACAGGCCCGCUUGGUGCUCCAGCCUCCAUCUAACAUGCAUGAAACUUUAGAUGGCUACAGGAAAUAUUUUAAUCAAAUUGUAGGCUUUUUUGUGGUUGAAGAUCAUAUCCUCCAUACAACCCAGGGUUUAGUAAACAGAGCCUAUAUUGAUGAACUAUGGGAAAUGGCACUUUCUAAGACCAUUGCAGCACUCCGUACCCACUCGUCUUAUUGCUCUGAUCCAAACCUCGUAUUAGAUUUGAAGAACCUCAUUGUGCUUUUUGCUGACACACUUCAGGUAUAUGGGUUUCCUGUAAAUCAACUUUUUGACAUGCUGUUAGAAAUCAGAGAUCAGUAUAGUGAAACUCUGCUAAAGAAGUGGGCAGGUAUUUUCAGAAACAUACUUGAUUCUGACAACUAUAGUCCCAUACCAGUAACGAGUGAAGAAAUGUAUAAGAAGAUGGCAGGACAAUUCCCAUUCCAAGAUAUAGAACUAGAAAAGCAACCUUUUCCCAAAAAGUUUCCUUUCUCUGAAUUCGUGCCAAAAGUUUACAACCAAAUUAAAGAAUUUAUCUAUGCCUGCCUCAAGUUUUCGGAAGAUCUUCAUCUAAGUUCAACUGAAGUUGAUGACAUGAUUCGUAAAUCUACAAACUUGCUGCUAACUAGGACUCUGAGCAACUCUUUGCAGAAUGUCAUUAAAAGGAAGAAUAUUGGACUUACUGAGCUUGUCCAGAUUAUUAUCAAUACAACCCACUUGGAGAAAUCUUGUAAGUACUUGGAAGAAUUCAUCACCAAUAUCACUAAUGUGCUUCCAGAAACAGUCCACACAACCAAGCUCUAUGGCACUACAACUUUUAAGGAUGCCAGACAUGCAGCUGAAGAGGAGAUUUAUACCAACUUAAACCAGAAGAUUGACCAGUUUUUACAGUUGGCUGACUAUGACUGGAUGAGUGGAGAUCUGGACAACAAAGCUAGUGAUUACCUAGUAGACCUCAUCGCCUUCUUACGUAGCACCUUUGCUGUAUUCACACACCUCCCUGGAAAGGUGGCGCAGACAGCAUGUAUGUCAGCUUGCAAGCAUUUGGCCACAUCACUGAUGCAACUUUUGCUGGAAGCUGAAGUCAGGCAGCUCACCUUGGGAGCAUUACAGCAGUUCAAUUUGGAUGUCAGAGAAUGUGAACAGUUUGCCAGAUCCGGCCCGGUGCCUGGGUUCCAGGAGGACACGCUGCAGUUGGCCUUCAUCGACUUGAGACAACUUUUGGAUCUCUUCAUUCAAUGGGAUUGGUCAACCUACCUUGCAGACUACGGUCAACCCAACUGCAAGUACCUCAGAGUAAACCCAGUGACAGCUCUGACCCUGCUUGAGAAGAUGAAGGACACUAGCCGCAAGAACAACAUGUUUGCACAGUUUCGGAAAAAUGAGCGAGACAAGCAGAAGUUGAUCGACACCGUGGCCAAGCAGCUCCGGGGACUCAUCAGCAGCCACCACUCCUGAAGGCUGACCUUGGGCCCACAGAGGCUGCUUGCCACAGCCCCACCGUCUGAGGGCCAGCCCUCAGUGGGCUUACAUGUGUGCAUUCUUCUUCAAAGAGAGAAAAUGUAUUUUUUUAAUAACCUAUGUACAGUAUUCACAUUGCCUUUCCCUAUAGUCAAAGAGGCACAAGAGUAAACAAGUACAGGAGAUGAUUCCAAGCUGGGACUCAGGGGAAGUUGUCCUACACUCUCUCGGUUAUCCUGGAGAUGGUGGCAUCAUAUGAGGAACCUUUUUUCCUUCCAUGGCUCCAGAAUUUACAUCUGGGACUCAGGAACUACAAGCAAAAUGGGUACUUAACACUGGGGAAUACGAUGAGCAGACGAAAGGAUAAUAAAGUAAACAAAUUCAUGCCUGGGUGUCCCAUCUACCACAUAGGUGAGGCAGAUUCUUCUUGAUGCAAGAAAAGAUCUGGAAGACAUUACUAUAUAGAGUAGAAAAGCUUGGGCCAUCUCCUGUGGCCACUCAUUCAUUGGCUGGUAAGCAAGCAUGUCAUAUGGCAAGAUGGCAGUUUCUCUCCAGUCCCCACAAGAAUAGUAGUUUCUUUAGCCUAAAUUUGACACAGUGCUUCCACUGCUGAUUUUUCCAGAGCAACACAAAGCUGUGGUAAUCCAGUGGUAAUAAGUGGAUCUCAUGACUAACGACAGAUUUCUUCCUUACCUGAAGGAGUUUGACUGCAUUUUGAAAGCCAGUGUGAAUGGAUUCAGAGCUUCAGCCCCUUCCCCACUGAUCUCAUUUAACUCCUUGCAGGGUCAAGUACUUAGCUGGAGACCUGGUCACCAGUUAUUUCCAUAGGUCCUCACUCACAGAGCAUCUCAGACUGAAUUUUCUCUGGCAGCGUCACUGGGGAGUGUCUGAUUCCAGAAGCCUGCAAAUGACUGUUAUUUUACCCUCAGAUAAAACUUGAAGAAUACUUCUUUUGUGUUUUCAUCAACUUUCAGGCAUCCCUCUUUAAAGGAAAUGUAAUUGACUUCAUGUUGUGGAGGCAAGCACAGCUGGACUCGAGGCUUCUAGGGAGACAACCACUAUCAGCAUGAAGUACACAGGACCUGCCUUGGCUUGUGGAUUCUUAGCCUCUGGCCCACCUGUCUCCGCCUUAUCCUGGAUGUGAAGUUUUCUUGUUCAAACCCAAGAGUUCCAUCUCCUUUGGAGAACCCCCAUACCCAGCUUUUGGACACAUCAGGAAAGAUCGUCUAGAAUUUUCUCCCUGACACUCCAGAUAUUGCCCAGGGGUCCUGAACCAGUCAGCUCAGAGACUGGGUACACUGAGUCGCAUGGACUCCUGAGAGUUAAUGCAAAGGCUUUGCGAGAGAUCUCAUAGGAACCUGCACUUUAAGACACUUCAGAUGCUACUUUGGCUACUGGCAAUAGUAUAAUUGUGCAUUCCUAAACAAUGACAAAUAAGUCACACAAGCAUUUCCAGCUUGGAUUAGUGGGAGGAGAGACUCAUCAAACAAAAUUCCUCACUCCUCACUCCCUUUGUCAGCUACUGAGUUGCUUCUGAGGAGAGCAGUGCUUCUUUUCUCACUCCCCACUCUCUCCCUUCCCCCUAACCCCUGCCAUAUCUCAACUUGAAAACUAGAUAGAAGAGAAGACGUACAAGACAUGUAACCUUCCUCAUAGCUGGAGAAGAGACCAGGCAGCAAUUACUCUCUGCAGAGCCUUCAAGGGCUCAUCCAGAAGGGUGUGGGGGCUGAGGUGGUCAUUCAACCCAGGGUCUUGGAAUGAAAAGGUUAUGGAUAAGCAUUGCCACCCAGAACUCCAGAAGCCAAGGGAAGGCAGGAAUCCAUGAGCAUGACACCCAAGAGGCCAUCUCCCACAGCCCUUGACUUUUUUUGUGUAAAAAAAAAAAAGAGCAACAGAUGCUCACACUAUUCUGAAAGUCCUGUUGGUUAAGAAGAUACCCAAAUAUCCUCCUUCACUGGUCCCCAGUUUGUGACAAGACAUCUUCAGCUUUGAAUGCUAAGACUUUGAAGUGAGGAUGGAGAGAAACUUAAGCAUGACACUUUAUUAUUUUUUUCUUUUAUAGAUUCAAGUACUAUUCUGGUCUCUAACUUGUGCUACAAGGGAAAAAUAAACAGGGUGGAGGGAUGGGGGAUUACUCUGUACCUUGGCACACUGACAUUCCUCUAGAGAAAAAGUGUGUUCAAGACACAUAAAAACUUACUCGGUCUUCCCUAACAAACCCAACAUGCUGCUACUCUGUUGUCUAAGGAGGCAUAUUCUUGGCGGGCAGGUGAAGGUCGAGACAGGGACCCAAGAUGGCUACAUUGUUUGAACUCAUGAAGUGGGAUUUUUCAGUUUUGUCUCUAGGGCUUUAGCUGGGUCAGCCCUGGAAGCAGAAUUGUACAAACCAUUUCUCCCCUGCCCCUCCUUUCUAAGAGGUGGCCCCCAAAACCCAGAGAUGCAGCGAUGUUCUGGGGCUUCAGUAAGAGGAAGAGAGCACAAAUGGUUGAACAUGCACCACCUUUUAAUUGGGAUGAAUCCCUUGGGGGAGCUAGGUCUUUGCGUCUGAAGGGACAGCCUGGUUUAGAACCUCAGCUGCUUUCAUCAGGAAUAUAGACAACUUGCAUAGCUUUGACAUUCACACAAGAGAAUAUAUAUUUGAGUAGACUAUAAAUCAAGCUAUUGGAGGGGGGUGUAGGGAAGAACAGAACCUAGGAAUUAGAACUAGGAGACAAUUCCUAUAGAAAAGGGAAUAGACAGCUUUCAGGGAGUGUCCCCCCAUAGUUGCAUUGUGUACCAGGCCUAACAGUCUCCAGUCAGGUUUGCUUCACUUGACCAGUGUUUUCUCAGCAAGUCCCAGACCUGAGGCUCUGUAUCCUGAGACUGGCAUUACCCCUGGCCUCCUUCAUUCCCUGGAGCUUGCUGCAGAUCCCCCCCCCCACACACACACACACACAGCCCCGCCUCCACACUCAAUUCACCCUGGACUCUGUUCCCAGUUGCCUCUUUUUUUUUUAACCUGCAUUUGCGAUUACUUUUCAUUAAUAUGUUGGAAAUGGCCUUUUUUAUUUUGCACAAAUAGUUGCACAUUGAUAGAGGGAAUUUCGGGAAGUCCAUUUUUAACUCUAAAGGGAACUUUUUUUUUUUCUUUAAAAUCGCACUAGUAAAGCUACUACUGAUGCAGAUGGGCCUCCUGGUUAGUGGAAAAACCUCCAUUGUAGAAAGAGCAUGUUUUUCCCUCCUGUACAUUUUCCUCUUUUAACUGCUAUUAAACAAGAGAGUCUAUGUACAUGUUUCAAAAGCC